CGUCACCAAACAACCACAACAAAAAAAGCCCAGACAAAACACACCGGCUCUCUCUCUCUCUCUCUCUCUCUCUCUUUCUAUGGUCUCAGAUUGAAGAAGCUCUCUGAUUUCAAUUUCCAGUUAUGGACAGGGAUGGAGGAUCCAACGGCGGAUCUUGCUACUACUCCGUCCUCGGGAUCCGCAAGGAUGCCUCCGUCUCUGAUAUCCGCACCGCUUACCGUAAACUCGCCAUGAAAUGGCAUCCGGAUAGGUGGGCCCGGAACCAGAACCCGUCGGUGGCCGGAGAAGCGAAUCGGCGGUUUCAGCAAAUCCAAGAAGCCUAUUCGGUUCUCUCGGAUCAGGGGAAGAGGUCAAUGUACGACGCCGGGGUCUACGACCCGCUUGAAGAAGAAGACGAAGAAUUUGGGGACUUCAUGCAAGAGAUGAUUUCCAUGAUGAACAGUGUGAAGGACGAGGGGGACAGUUUUGAAGAUCUCCAGAGGAUGUUUGUGGAAAUGGUUGGUGGAGAUGGGAGCCACGGAAUGGGGUUUGACAUCGGCGGCAUGGAUUCAACGGCCGCAAAGAAGGCACGUGUCGGUUCGUCCAGAAGCAACUCUAACGCCGCCAAUCGGGGCACGUCGCGGUUCUAGCGCCGCCCUACCGGAUCACCGGCACUUCAUGCCGUACAAUUUGACGAUUUAACCACACCUGCCCAUUGUGUCUCCUUUAUUUGAUUUAGUGGGAAUUAGCUUUGUAUUAAAAUGGGGUAGGGUUAUUUCUAGGUAACUUCGGCUUGGUCUGUAGCAAUUGUGCGUGGGUUGUCACAAAAAGCUUUGCAGUGUUGGUACUUUUAGCAAUAAAAUUUGUUUCUUUGGA